AUGAUACCACGAAGUACUUUACUCAUCUUACUCAUCGCUAUCUCCCUCACUUCUCUCGUUUCCGCCUCCAUUCAUACCUCAUUCUGCAAAUGUACAUGUUUCUCCAACAGCACCAUUAUCCAGCUAGGACCCCCCCAAGCGAAGCCCCUCUCCCCAUCUCCUGCCAUAUUCUUCUUCCCUCGAGACGAUAAGGAGGACGGAGACGACAAGAAGGAUCCGGAGAAGGGGGAUAAGAAAUAUAGAGCGCUGAACUGUAAUGAUUGCAAUCGCCGAUUUUGCCUUGGCUACGGACUGCCCAAGUGUAAGGGGGCGAAGGAGGAUGAUGUUGUCACAUCAUGUUUUCAGCGCGACUCUAACAAGGACAAAGCUGUCGUUUACAUCUUCAUCAUUGCAACAGUGGGACUAUUAGUAUGGGCGGCAGUAAAGCCAUUGGUAGAGAAAUGGAUCUUAGCAGUAAGGGAGCGGAGAUCGUACCUCCCAAUCCCCGGUCAAGCUCAUUAA